AUGGACCACGCAGGCCAAGUCCUCGAGGUCGCUCACAAUAUAUACGCCAGGGCCAACGAAACAUCGACAGAUGCGACCGAGCAGACAAGACCGCCGGUAUAUAAGGUCAUUGGUAUUUGUUUAGCAAUUGGUUCCGGCUUAUUUAUUGGCACGUCAUUUGUCUUGAAAAAGGUUGGGUUGCUGAAGGCGAACGAGAAAUACCAAGAGGUCGCGGGAGAGGGCUAUGGCUAUCUCAAGAACGUAUACUGGUGGUCGGGCAUGACGCUGAUGAUCGUGGGAGAGAUUUGCAACUUUGUCGCAUACGCCUUCACUGACGCCAUCCUGGUCACACCGCUUGGUGCUCUCUCUGUUGUUAUUACCACAGUUCUCUCGGCCAUCUUCUUGAAAGAAAGAUUGAGCAUGGUAGGCAAGGUCGCUUGCUUUCUCUGCAUAGUAGGGUCUGUCGUUAUUGUCAUGAAUGCACCAGAGGAGUCCUCCGUGGCCAACAUUCAGGAAAUGCAAAAGUUCGUCAUUGCUCCCGGCUUCCUCAGUUACACCGGCGUCAUUAUCAUUGGGUCCGCAAUUACCGCCUUCUACGCCGGACCACGAUGGGGCAACAAGAACAUGCUCGUCUAUAUUUCGAUAUGCAGCUGGGUCGGAGGAUUGAGUGUGGUGGCUACACAGGGUUUGGGCGCUGCAAUUGUGGCACAAAUCCAAGGCACGUCAGGCGGCCAAUUCACGCAUUGGUUUUUAUACGUCCUGCUUGUUUUCGUUGUGGGAACACUUCUAACAGAAAUUAUCUUUCUUAACAAAGCGUUGAAUCUCUUCAACGCGGCCAUGGUCACACCCACCUAUUACGUCUACUUUACUAGCACAACUAUCAUUACCUCAGCCGUGCUAUUCCAAGGUUUUAAGGGUACGGCAUCAUCCAUCGUCACUGUUGUGAUGGGGUUUCUGGUUAUUUGCUCCGGAGUCGUACUGUUGCAGUUGUCCAAGUCUGCUAAAGAUGUUCCCGAUACUGCCGUGUUCAGCGGAGACUUGGACCAGAUACAUACCAUUGCGGAGCAAGAACAGCCUGAGACAGAACCCAAAGCCGAUGCUAUUCGCGGUGCCGCAGCUAUUGUGCGGAGAAUCUCAAAAUCGCGCAUGAAGAUGGAGGCAAAGGAGCUUGAACGUCUUCACCAAGAAAAGGAGGCACAGCGCUUGGAGACUGUUAGUGAAGACGGACAUUCACAGUUCGAAUGGGAUGGUAUAAGGAGAAGACGAACAACUAUGAUGAGCCAGAGGAGUCGACCUACGACCUCGCCGAACCCUUUCACUCACCCGCACACCGUACCCCAGGGUGUUCCUUUCACUCCUCCCCCCAGAACGCCGCAUCCGCCACUAGGCAUGGCGAACUUCCCGUCCGAGGAAGAAUUAGAGGAGGAGCGAAACCGUCAAGCAUCUCCUGGUCUGUUGUCCAGCAUUGCAGGCACCGUCCGCAGCCGGGCACGCGGUAUUCUUCCUGGCCACCCCGAUUUUCGGCCUGGCUCUAGGGAUCCAAAGACGCAAAGUCCUAUGCAUCCCAUGCAACUUACAGAUAUCGCCAUCCCUAGCCAUAAGCUUAGCAGCGACGAAACCCCCUACGGUGCUACGCACGAGCACGUCUAUGGCUUGCCGGAUAGCCUCCGACGCCAAGAUACCUCAUAUGGUGGCGCUUUGGCUGCUACGAAAUCUACAGCAAGUGUCGGAUCCGCUGGUAACAGCCGCCAUAUCCAGUUCGAUGACCCGCCGAAUAUAGGCGCCAGCUCGAGUUCGCUCGCUGUACCGCCGCCUACACCCCCUCCUCAUAGGGGCGACGGUAAUUCAGCGCGUCGGCAAUUCUCGUUCCAAAAUGUGUUCCGCCGGCAUCAAGCUGACGGACCACAGGAACCAGAAGCGCGCCAAGCGUCCUCGAUCGUGAAGCCGACCUCACGAGCAGGCCUUGGCAGCAGAGGUUACUCGAAUCCGCAGGUGAAGGAUGCAACGGAGGAGGAGAGACUCGGACUUGUUAAAGGCGAUUCACACUCUAUGCCUGCAUUACCGCAGUACGACGAUGAUUAUUACGACGACGACGACCCCGAUGUUUACUUAGAAGAAAAGAGAGCCGCACGACAUGGACGAGACAUAACGACCAGUCCGCCCAGACGUGGCAGUGAUGAUGAGGCACAGGAGGCAGCUGACUACGAAGCGAGGCGGAGUAGAUUUAACGACAGCAGAAGUGAAUCAAGUACAGGAUCGCCGCCGAGACCAACUCCUGGACGAAGAGACCCCCCCGGAGGGAGUGGAGCAUACUUCUAG